AAACAACAAUAAAAACAACAAGAAACAGAAUCAAAAUCUACACUUUCUCUCUCUCUCUAUUCUCAUCUCUCCAUCUCUAUCACCUCCUUUUCUCACUCUUGCAUCUUAUCCUCUCUCUGACUCUCAGUAAUCACUUUAAUUUCUGAUAAUUUUCUGUUCUCAUCAACACUUAACUCUUAUUAUCAUCAAGCCUUUAUUUUUAUAUUGAUAAUCUCAUCAUAAUUGUGCUAAUCACCGUCAUCUUCACCAGCUGAUCAAAACUGUGUCAAAGUGCUUCAUAUACUCUCUCUCUCUCACACACACAAGAGCUGAUAUAUAUUUAUUUGAGUGAUAAAGUGUAUGUGAUAAAAUUGUUUAAGUGUCAAGUUCAUAUUAAUAAUUUGAAUCAACAAUUUUUUCCCUUCACUAAUUGAUUGAUAACCAACUCUAUUCAGUCAACAAAUCAGUGCUAUUAAUUGUUACAUAUGCAAAUUGAUUUUAGUAUCAAAGUUAAUCUGAUAAACCAAAGUAAAAUCUUAGAUUACAAUUAAGUCUAAUUGCGAUUAACUAACAACAAGUAUUCAACUAAAUUGUUAAAUGAAACUUGUUGCUUCCUAAAAAAACCAUUAGUCUCAUAAUAAUCAUUAGAAUCAAAGAUUCGAUACAAAAUCAAGAAGGAAGAGAAAAAGUUCUAAUCCAUUAUUAUCAUUUUCGAAUCUUCUUCGCCACUCUCUCUCUCUCUCUCUCUCUUUUAUCAACAAUCAUCCAUCAAAUUGAUUGAUUUCAUCAAUAAUUUACCGAUAAGUUAGAGAAACAGAAAAAAGUUCAUUGUGCUAAUUGGAUUAAAAUUGGUUCGAGCAUCGAUUCUAAGCUAAGUUUACAUCGAAUUUGAAAAAAAUUCUUUUCUUUUUUAUUGAUGAUAAAUUUCAUCUUCCUUAUCAUUCUGUCUCCCAUAACCAUGGAUACAAACCAUUAUUGUCACCAUUGAAUAUUUAUCAUCAUCAUCAUCACUAUCAUCCUAACAUCAAUCUCUUUGUGUAUCAUCAUUUAGUUCAAUUCAUAUAUCGAGUCCUUACAAAACCAUAAUCUUGAUCAUCAUUAUCAUCUUUAGUCAUCCUCAUCCUUUUCUCGUCCCUUAUCAGCAUCUUCAUCUUCAUCAUCAUCUUCUUCUCAUCUCCUUUUCUUCCUCAAUAACCUGUCAAAUACGAAUAACUCUAGACAAAACCAACGAAAGAAAAGAUUACGAAUAUUUUUAUCUUUCUCUUUUCUCUUUUUUCUUUAUAUCUCUUUCAUUCCUUUUUUCAUCUCUUCCUGUUCAUCAUCUUCUCCCUUUCAUCUAUUAUAAUGCUAUGAGAUGAUAGAAAGGCCGGCGAUGAUAAACUAAUCAAAAGAGAAAGAAAAAAUAAAAAAAAAGUUCGCAUUAAAACAAAAGAAAACGAUCUCAAUAUAAUCAGAAAAGAAAAAAGAACUUUCAUCUUUCUUGUUGUUCUCUUGAAGAGUUCAAAUCAUCUGUUCCAUCAUCAUCACGCAUCACAGUUUAUCAACAUUUCUAUCACCAAUAUAUUCAGGAAAGAAGAAAAAAAUUAGGCAAUAACAAUGGAUGAGGAUAAAAGUGAUAAAUCAAGUGAAAUCAAAUCAACUGAAAGUAAUUUAAGUAAUCGUAAUAAUAAAUGCAACCGAUCACCAAUGAUAAUUACAAGUGUUGAUGAAUCUUCAUCAUGCUCAAAUAUUAAUCUUGAUGAAGAUCAUCAUGACCAUCAUGGUGAACUGAAAACUGAAUCAACAACAGCAACAACAACAUUAAAUAGUAAUGAUAAUAAUAAAUCAUCAUCAACAGUAACUCUAACCCAUUCAACACCAUUAUCACCAUCAUCAAAUGAAUUAUCUGCCCGCAGGGAUGUAGCAAAAUUAACCUCAUCUUCACCCUCAACGGGACAUGAGGUCAAUCGUAGGUCAACUGAGGGUAAUGUUGUCCACCAUUUAAAAAGUAAAGCAACAACAAUAUCAGUUGAUGGAUUAUGUUACACAAUUGUUGCAAAUCCACCAGAAACCAAGGUAACCAAAGAUGCUAUUGAAUCAAAUCGACCCACUGAAACUAUUGUUGCUCGUCGUGGUGUUCAGAAAACAACAGUUCCAUCGGCUAUUUCACCAUGGAAUGCUAAGGAUAAGGAUAUUUCGUCAUCUAUUGAAGAUAAAAUCGUAACCGAUACUUCAUCAAUUCUGAAGGAAUCAACGAUGGAGACACUUCCACCGGUGGACACUGUUGAAGCUUGUGAUAAAGCCGCUUCCAGAUUAAGGGAAUUGGCUCAACAUUUGGACCAUGGGGAAGUACCGAUAUCAAUACUCAAGAAGACACUUCAAUAUGCUGCCUGUGUCUUGGAUACAGUGACCAUGGAUGAAACAAGGAAAUGGCGACCAGGAUUGGUUAGGAAAAAAGGACUUGGAGUAAGAGCUCCAAGUGAUCCAACUCCAUCACUAUUAACAAAAUCCCUUUCAAUUUGUGGACCUGUGCCAAUAACUAAUCAAUCAUCAUCUCUAUCUACAACAAAACCAUCAUUACCAUCAAAAACAACAACAGCAACAACAACAAUAGCAUCAUCAUCACUUGAAAUGAGUUCAGAUUUAAGGAGUUCAUCAAUCAACAAAACCAUUCCAACAACACAAAUUUCAAGGAAAAUCUUGGAUGAAGAAGAUGAUUUAUCUGAAGUUCAACCGGAUGCAGUUCCCAAUGAGGUUCGUGAAUGGUUGGCCUCAACCUUUACCCGUAAUAAUACCGCUCAAAAACGUCGCUCUGAAGAGAAACCUAAAUUUCGUUCAGUUGCCAAUGCAAUUAGAGCAGGAAUCAUGGUUGAUAGAUUAUAUCGUCGACUUUGCUGUUCUAACAUGGUACAAAUUCCACCCAAAAUUGCCGAUAAAUUAAAGAGUAUCGACAAUUGGUCCUACGAUUGUUUCAAGUUAAACGAAGCAUCAAAUAAUCAGGUUCUCAAGUAUAUCAGCUACGAGCUUCUUAAUCGCUAUGGUUUAGUUCAUAAGUUCAAGAUUCCAUUGGAAACAUUAGAAAGCUGUUUAAAUCAAUUUGAACAGGGAUACACUAAAUUCAAAAAUCCAUAUCAUAAUAAUAUCCAUGCAGCCGAUGUAACUCAAACCGUCCACUACAUGCUAUCAAAAAUGGGAUUAGUUAAUUGGUUAACUGAUUUGGAAAUAUUUGCAACUCUUUUGGCUGCGAUAAUUCAUGAUUUUCAACACACUGGAACAACAAAUAAUUUCCAUGUCAUGUCAGAAUCGGAAACUGCGCUUCUUUAUAAUGACAGAGCUGUUCUGGAAAAUUUUCACAUCUCGGCAGCAUUUCGUAUUCUUAAGGAAAAUGAUUGUAAUAUACUUGUAAAUUUAAAUAAAGAAGAAUACAGAGAGCUGCGUACCCUUGUGAUCGAUAUGGUUCUAGCGACUGAUAUGUCUUCACAUUUUCAACAGAUAAAAACGAUGAAAAGUUUACUUUCAAAUACUAAUGAAUUUACGGUUGACAAAUCGAAAGCACUUUCUCUGGUUCUUCAUUGUUGUGACAUAAGCCAUCCAAGUAAACAAUGGGAUAUUCAUCGACGAUGGACAGAACUUUUAUUAGAAGAAUUUUUCCGUCAGGGUGAUAAGGAACGAGAACUUGGGUUACCCUAUUCACCGCUAUGUGAUCGUAAUACUACAUUAGUUGCAGAAUCACAGAUAGGUUUUAUCGAUUUUAUCGUGGCUCCUUCUUUGGAGGUUUGUGGUGACCUUUUGGAUAAGAUUUAUCAACAAAUGGAAGGCUGUAGACACUCAUCAGGAAGUUCAGAGGAAAGUCUCGAAGAGAGAUUACCAGAUAACGGAACUCGACCUAAAUCCUUGUCCACAUAUAAGAAUAAGAGAAGUGGACUUUCCGUCGAUUCAGCUGAUUCUCAAGUCAAUUCAAGACCGGUCGCAAGUGCACCCGCUUCCCCUCGAUUUUCACACUGUACAUCAUUCGGUAAUUGUAAGGCUGAAGGUGGUCGAUUGAAACGUCCAUGGUUCGAUAACCUAGAAGAAAAUCGCAAGAGAUGGCAAGAAAGAGCGACCAUUGAUGCAAUUCAACGAGAACAAAAUGCCCGGAAGCAACCAGCCGAUGGAAUUAGUUUAUCAAUGAGUCCAGAAUCAGAACUAUGAUAUUAGCAGUCGUAUUCUUGAUAACAACCAGAAUCAAUUUCGUUAAAAAAAUAAUAUCACUCAAUCGACCGAUAAACAUAUAAAUUAUAUAAAUAAUUCUUCAAUAAUUAAUCAUUUGCACGGAGAAAAAAUGAGA